AUGGAAAGAUCAGUAGAAGCAUCUACGCCAGCGAAAAAUACCGCCUAUGCACUGUACCUGCAUUGCUCGGAGCUGCGACGUCGGAGGACACAUUAUGUGCGCAUCUCAAAGACCAAGCUUCAGCUGACCGACAAGCUUAUAGCCCAGAUAAAGCAAAGCAUGGCCACAUGUAGCUAUGAGGACCUGCAGGCGCUCAAUCGCGAAACGCAGUUCAGGAGGGAUUUGAAGCGUCAGCUGCGGCAUCGCCACAAGCAGUUGCAACUUCUCGAAAAGCGGAGCCCAACAGCUUGA